AUGAAGUUCUUCCUUGGAGCUGUCGGCGUCGCAGCCACACUCACCCAGAGCUGGUUCUACUUCAAUUCUCAGCAAAUUCUCUUGCCAUCCAACGAACUCUCGGACAUCUGUACUGCCAACCUUACGUCCACUUCAGCUUGGACUUCCAACGAGUCUUUUGCCUUCUCGUUAAGUGUCGUCCACACCGUCGACCGCGCCGCUGAGAUCGCGUACAUGGCCACCAACCUCAAGAACGAGGAGCGCUCAUGGCCCAUCGACGGCCAAGAUCUACCGGUUUACAUGGGUCCAGUAGCUCGGUCAGGGUCCGUCUUUGAAAAGCUGCAGACUCAGGAUCUUAUGGAGCUCAGUGCAUUGAAACCAGACACACCCGAGCUUAUGGCGGCUCUGGCCAUGCGUUGGUUACCGCAACUUAACUCAACGGAAGCCUACACGCGCUUCUACGAACUGUUCCACCCCAUUGUAGACGCCCCCGCAGACUCUGUCGACCAUGGGGACGUCGGCUUCGGUGUCUCUCGAUUGAGUCUACGCGGCUUCAACUUGAGAGCCAUAAGAGAGACCGACGACGACCCACUGGACGAGACGCUCACUAUUGAGAACAUCGAGAAAAUCUGCGGAUCUGGAGCUUCAAUUCGGUCGCUACGGGUCGAUAAGAAGCUGUUCGUAGUCGAUUUAUCCACUAUCGGACAAUGGGGAGACCCGUCCGUGUCUAAAGUCGAGAGCGACAUCGAGACUGAGGCCGGGAAGUAUCUGCCGUCUGUGAUCGGCUACUUCUGCUUCAAUGAGCAGCUCCUACCUUUGGCUAUUAAACUCGUAGACUCAGACAUCACAUACACGCCGUUCGACUCUCCGGACGAGUGGCAACUGGCCAAAACGGCGCUAAAUGCCGCCGAGGCCACGUUCCAGCAGAUGCAGCACUUCUCCGAGAGCCAUACGCUGUCGAUCCCCAUCCGAGUAGAGCUGUAUCGAACCUUCGCAGAGAAACACCCCGUCCGCGCUCUGUUAAUGCGUCACUUUGCUCUGGACUUUGGACUGGAGCAACAAGCUGGCGUUGUGCUCUUUAACACGUCCACACCGCUAGAUCGGACGUUUGGGAUCGGAGCGGCAGGGUGCGUGCGCUUGUUAGAGGACCAGCGCACGCGCAUCUCGUUGCUGGACGACGUGUACAGCGACGCGAAGGAGAGAGGCAUCCAGCAACUGCCACACAAGUACGUGGCGUACGGGAAACUGCACGCUGACGCCAUCUCCACAUUUGUUGGCAGUUUUCUAGACGUUUACUAUGCGGACGACGACGCUGUGAAGACGGACGUGGAGCUGCAGCAAUGGGCUGUCGCGUGUGCUAAGAUCCCUCAUCUACACGCGUUCCCAGCGGUGUUCAAAGACAAGCAAGUACUACAUAAACUCCUGACACGACUCAUCUAUCAGAGCGUCGUCAAGCACCACGCCAUGAACGGAGAAGUGACGUGGACGACCGUGGCCAUGCCGUACAGUGCCGCUGCGCUCUGGAAGCCGCUGCCGAGUCGCAAGGAGCGUGACGGUCAUCCGAAGAUCGACGUGUUUAGCUACUUGCAGCCGCGCGAGCUCUUCCCGUCCAUGAUUUUCCUCAGCGCACUGUUCAAUCGUCCUCGACCGGAGGAGACGACGCUGAAGUCGGUGUAUCACGUGUCCCCGUUCAUCGACGACCCGAGGCUACAGCCGGCGAUCCGAGCGUACGAUGCAGAGUUGCAAGCCAUAGACGAGUUUAUCGUGGCCAACGAGGAACACGAGACGCAGCCGUAUCAUAUCCUCCGUCCAGGGAAUCUACCACAAAAUACGUGGAUCUAAGUAUCUGCUGUACGACUGAUGAAAAGUUCGCUAGUCGCAUGUCACUUCAACUUGAACUUUGAUUACGGUUAACGUAGUUUAUCUCCUCU